AUGGAACACAGGAAGGCUUUUUUCUUCUCCGCUCUUUGUUUUCUCGUCUUGGUUUCUGGUAACGAAGCCAACAAUGGGGACGAUCGAUUUUUGUCCGGAAUCGAUAUUAUCAUAGACAAGCCGGACUUGACUACUUCUCCUCGGCCGAUCGUUCCCACAACUCAAACGACUCCACGUCCGACAACUCGAACAACUCCACUUCCGCCAACCCCACCAACUCAGAAGCCACCAAAUCCUAACGAGUGUUCCAAUCUUCAGGGUUUCCCUUGCUAUAAGUUGCCAACAGGUUGCGUUUGCCCUAUGAAUAGACAGACACCGUGGAUAGAUGCCCACAAUUUUUGCAAAGCUAACGGCCGGUCCCUCAUAAGCUUCAAAUCAGCCGCUAAACAGACCGAAUUUGAAACUUAUUUGCCUUCCAUAAUAGGAAAAGAUAACCUGUUCACGACAAUUGGAUUUUGGACGUCGGGAUUGUUCUGUUUAGAGGCAUCAACUUUGUGCUCGAUGAAGAACACCUGGGCCUGGGCUGCUACACGCGAGGAGUUUAGCUAUACCAACUGGUUAGCAGGUGAACCGAACAUGAGCAGCUCGCCAAAAGGUGCGUGCGUCCGUGCAGUGCCCACCGUCAGGUACCAGUGGGACGACAUUGAUUGCGGCCAGUUCCUCCCCUUCAUCUGCGAAUGA